UUACUGUUGUUGGUUGGUGUUGAGAGAGUCGCGUUCGGGUUGCGUUCUUAUAGAUUCGGAACAAAGCUCGCGCGAGUGUGUUGUGAGAAGUUCGAGUUGGACGGAGAGAGCAAACAUAAAAGGUCGACCGGUUCGUUCGGACAGACACAAGACUUUUCUCACACCAACAACGGCAAAGGCGGUAAAUCUGGCGAGGCUACCAAGUCGGGCUCUAGCUCGCGAUCAUCAAAGGCUGGUCUUCAGUUCCCGGUCGGUCGUAUCCACCGUCUGUUGCGCAAGGGCAACUAUGCUCAGCGUGUCGGUGCUGGUGCACCUGUCUACCUUGCCGCCGUUCUCGAAUACCUAGCGGCAGAGAUUCUCGAGCUUGCAGGCAAUGCUGCCCGUGACAACAAGAAGUCUCGAAUCAUUCCCCGUCACCUGCAGCUCGCCAUCCGCAAUGACGAAGAGCUCAACCGUCUCCUCGGUGGUGUGACGAUCAGCCAGGGUGGUGUCCUGCCCAACAUUCACGCUGUACGAACUGCUCCCAAGCAAAUCAAAGAUCAGCAAGAAGGGCGGUGCGUCGCAAGAGGCAUAAGCUUGGCAUUCCUGUUCGACUUUCUCGUUGUGUCUUCUGAUUGUAUGCCUCGCGGCCCAUUUCAUACUGUCCCUCGUGUCUGA